AUGGGUGGCGGCGGCGGUGAUGACCUGAACCACAUCCAUCGCUUGGCGAUGGAGGACCCGGUUCCGUGGUACAAGAAGCCGAAUCUGCGGCGCAUGUAUCUCCUACUGUUCCCGUGUGUCAUCGGUAUUGAGAUGACCUCCGGGUUCGACUCGCAGAUUAUCAACUCGGCUCAGCUGCUCCCCGCGUGGAAGGACUACUUCGGUCAUCCCACCGGCGGGUACAAUGGUAUCCUCGCUUCGGCUCUCUCUCUCGGCUCUGUCAUCGGUCUCCCCUUCAUCCCGCUCGUCAACGACAACUUCGGUCGCCGGUGGUGCAUCAUGUUCGGUUCCUGGGUCAUGAUCAUCGGCACCAUCAUCCAAGGUCUCGCCAUCAACGGUCCCAUGUACAUCAUGGCCCGUGGUAUCAUCGGUUUCGGUCUCCCCUACGCCAUCGUCGCGGGUUCCUGCCUGAUCGGUGAACUGGGCUACCCCAAGGAACGUCCCAUUCUGACCUCGCUCUUCAACGCCUGCUACUUCAUCGGCGCCAUCGUGGCCGCGGGUACCACCUUCGGCACGCAGCGCAUCAGCAAUGACUGGUCGUGGCGUAUCCCCAGUUUCCUGCAGAUGGCCCCUUCGCUGCUGCAGGUCACCUUCGUCUUUUUCCUGCCGGAGUCCCCCCGUUUCCUGAUCAGCAAGGACAAGAUCGAGGAGGCCGAGCAGGUGCUGAUCCAGUACCACGCCGAAGGCGAUGCCAACUCGGAGUUUGUCAAGGCCGAGAUUGUCGAGAUCAAGACCACGCUGGAGAUGGAGUUGGAGAACUCGAAGCGGUCGUGGUUGGACCUGAUCCGCACCGCUGGUGCCCGUCGUCGGUUGUUGAUCGGUUCGCUGCUCGGUCUGUUCACGCAGUUGUCCGGCAACGUGGUGAUUUCGUACUUCCUUGGUGAUGUCCUCAAGCUCAUCGGCUACACCGACCCGACCUUCCAGGCCCAGUACAACCUGGGUAACCAGUGCUGGUCGUUGGUGUGCGGUGUGUCGGCUGCCUUGGUCGUCAUGCGCUUCCGUCGCCGGACUAUGUAUCUGACUGGUAUUCUGUCGAUUCUGGCUGUCUACGUCGGCUGGACCACCUGCACGGCUGUGUUUAUUGUCUACCAGUCGGAUGUGGCUGCGAAGCUGUCGCUGUUCUGGAUCUACGCUUACAGCCCGACUUACAACCUGUGCUUCAACGCCCUGACUUACACCUACCUCAUCGAAAUUUUCCCGUACGCCCAGCGUGCCCGCGGUAUCUCCAUCUUCCAAUUCUGGGGCAAGGCUGCCCAGUUCUUCGGCACCAACGUCAACCCCAUCGGCACGGGCACCAUUGGCUGGAAGUUCCUGCUCGUCUACUGCUGCUGGAUCUGUGUCGAGGCCAUCCUCAUCUACUUCCUCUGGCCCGAGACCUCGGGGCGCUCGCUCGAGGAGCUCACUUUCCUCUUCGAGGCCGACGAACUCGCCAAGCUCCAGGAGCGUGUCAACAACAAGGCGCUGCAGCUCGAGGACCACGACGAAAAGUCCGGCCACAUUGUCGAGACCCACGACCGCGUGUAA